AUGAGUUCUCUCGGAAUCGCAAAUAAUGACUUUGAGAGCGAAGAGCGUGGUACACAACGGAGCGCAUACGACUCCAACCGUAGGAUAAGAAGAGGCGGCCGAAGACGUGGUUGGCGUAGUAGAGAGAACAUAAUACCUGAUGCUCGUUCACAUGCGGAGGCUAGUUCACAAGGACGAUCGUCAAAUAACUACUUACAACCAAGCAUUAAUACAGUGGCUGGCACUUCAGAGAGUAAUAAUGACAGGAACGCGAAUAUCAAUUUGAAUGAUCCUGAAAACACAGCUAGCGCGAGCCUCAAAAAUACAAAUCAAGAGCACCAGACAGGUUCCAAGCACAUAAAAAACCCUGCAGAAACAACGUCCACGACCGACCGUCCAUUAAACCAAGACUCGCAUUUAGCUUCAUACCCAACAUCAUCUACCAACUCUAGAGACAAUAAUCAACGUUCUGGGCGUGGCAGAUCGAGUGAUAUGGCAGGUUGCUUUUCAAACGCUGGACGAGGUGGAGGACCGCGCCGGACGCAAUUGAGGUGGAAUUCGGAGAGUGACCGCGGUCGUACUUUGUUCACUGAGGCAAGCCAAUCAGGGACGACAGGGUGGCGGGGCCAGAGGUGGAAACGCAGGUCGGAAGAAACGAACUCGUCAGGAGUUGCUUCGUCUUCCGAUACACAGGGCGACCCUCCUCAACAAACUAGUACAAGCACGACCACACAGACAAUUAGCUCAUCACCUUCAACCUCCACGAACAAUCGUCACGCUACUCCUCGUGCACCCCGUACACCCCGUACACCCCGCCCACCCCGGGCCCGUCGCCCACCCCGCCCGAAUGCUGCCUCAUCAGUUUCAUCUACGACUGACGUUCUAUCGUCCAUAACUCAUGGCUUAUCAACCUCCACUUACGAAUGUAUGAUCUGCUGCGAAAUCAUCCGACCUUCACAUAAAACAUGGUUUUGCUCUACGUGUUGGGCGGUAUUCCACCUGCAUUGUGCUCAGAAAUGGGCGAGGAAGUCAAUAGCUGACAUCGGAUCAUCCUCAUCAGGAGCGGUAAAUACUGACCGAACAUGGAGAUGCCCGGGGUGUCAGAAUAAGAACACAGAUAUUCCAACAGAGUACAGAUGCUUUUGUGGAAAGUCAAAGGAUCCGGAAGUGAAUAGAUAUAUUACACCACAUAGCUGUGGAAAUUCAAUGCCACCCGGGACCAUGUCCACCUUGUUCAGCAAUGGCACCAGUGCAAUUGUGUUAUUGUGGAAGACAUGGGCAUCAGUUUCGUUGUGCAGAAACAAAUCACUCGAAUGGUCAUUCUUGUGGAGAACCGUGUGGCAAGAGUGUACAGUGCAUACUUGUAAGACACCAUGCCAUGCGGGUCCAUGCCCGCCUUGUGAUACAAUUCAAAUGCAACAUUGUUAUUGUGGAAAAUCUACGCGCGAAGCUAAAUGUGGACAAGGUGAUGCGGUUGCCUGUAAAGAUGAUUCAGCUGAAUGGUUUGGAUACUAUGCAUGUGAAAAACUCUGCGACAGACUUUUCGCAUGCGGCGUACAUCGAUGCGAAUCCAAAUGUCAUCCUAUUUCUGCAGUUGAACCCUGCCCUCGUGACCCAUCUCUCGUGACUACUUGCCCUUGCGGUAAAUGCACGAUUCAUUCUCUCUUGAAACGACAACGCGUCUCCUGUCAAGAAGACAUCCCUCUUUGCGGCAAUACAUGUAACAAACAGCUUCCAUGCGGUCAUCGAUGUCAAGAUCUCUGUCAUUUUGGGGAUUGUAAGCCUUGCGAAGUUAUCACAAAAGUCAAGUGCAGGUGUGGAAGUAUGGAAUUCGAACUUGUUUGUAAGAAUGUCUCUGGCGUGAAGGAAACACUAGAGUGUGAAAGAAUAUGUCAUGGGCUGAGAGAAUGUGGAAGACAUGAGUGCGGCAGACGAUGUUGUCCUUCGAUCGAUAAGGUGAAAGUUGGCAGAAAAGGGUUUAAUAGGCAAGCUAGUGAGGAAGUAGAUGAGAAUCACAGAUGUACUCUAAUUUGUGGGAAGAAUCUUAAAUGCGGAAAUCAUACUUGUCAGAUACUCUGUCAUCGAGGACAUUGUCCUCCAUGCUUAGAGGCGUCGUUUGAUGAGUUGACAUGCGCUUGUGGUCGAACGAAAGUAUAUCCUCCAAUUUCAUGCGGCAUGAAAUUACCUUCUUGUCCGUAUACGUGUACACGUUCUCCACUUUGUGGUCAUAGUGAAAUCACCCAUCCUUGUCACGAAGAUGGUCAGCCAUGCCCUCCGUGUCCAUUAUUAGUCAACAAGUCAUGUAUGUGUGGGAAGACGGUCGUAAAGAGCGUCCCUUGUCACCAGACAACGGUCAGUUGUGGUCGUAUCUGUGAUCUUCCCAUUUCAUGUGGUGGGCAUAAGUGUAAGCGCUCCUGUCACUCGGGUAAUUGUUUGAGUGGCGAGAAUGGGUUGAACGGAAAAUGCACGCAAAAGUGCGGCAAGAUAAAAGUUUGCGGACAUGCAUGUACAGCUGAAUGUCAUGCUCCUGCAAGAUGUCCUGAAGACGUCCCUUGUGAUACGAUGACGGUCAUUGAGUGUCGGUGUGGGAGAAUGAGUAAGGAGAUCAGAUGUAAUGCGACUGUCGAGAACAUGGGUGAGAUUAUGAAUAGACAUUUGGAAUGUGAUGAGGCAUGUGCUCUUGCUGAGCGUAAUCGUAGACUUGCAGAGGCAUUGGAAAUCGAGAGUGAUGACGCCCCCAAGAUCGAAAUCGAGUAUGAAGAGAAUUUGGUGAAUAUGUAUAGCAAGCAUAAGGCAUGGGUUAAAAACAUUGAGAAUGUGAUAGGGGAAUUUAUCACGUCUGAUAAGCAAACCUUGAAUCUUCCGACAAUGAAGGGUCCAUUUCGGAAGUUUGUACACGAUUUGUGUGGUCACUAUCGACUAGCAUCGGAAAGUGUUGAUGUUGAGCCAUAUCGAAGUGUAAUAUUAAGGAAGAAGCCCGAGUCAAGGAUUCCUUCACUAUUAUUAUCACAAGCGGCAACGAAUCCUAAUCGGACUACCCAAUCGACAUCUAUAGCGGCAACUACAACAACAGCAACUAACGUUCGCAAGCCCAAACAGGCAGUAAAUGCACUCUAUCUCUCCCAAUUGUCUUUCGGUCUCACCAAAGAGGAAUGUCAGAAGCAUGUUGAGCCACUUAUGGGAAAACUCAAUUUCAUCAUUAAAUGGGUGAAUGAAAACGACGCGUUUAUUCUACCGUCUAUUACUGCAAUGGGAAUGGAUGAAGUAGAAUUAACGCUCACCAGACUCAAACAUGCACUAAAAGAUGGUCUAAAGGGUAUUGCUCAGUCUGUUGAACUAUGCUGGGUUAAUUCCAAAUACGAAGUAAUAAGUAAAGAAAAGAAUAAUGUGAUUAGUAACGCAUUCUUUGAGGGCGAAAAGGAGACUAGAGUGGCCCAGGGGACUGUUCGCGAUGCUGAUCCCAUUCCUGUUGGAAUCAAUCCUUUUGGUGUGUUGAUGACUGUUAGCGAACAUGUGGCGCACGAUUCAACCGCGUCUGAUGAUGCACGUGGCAGAGUUCUUAUGUCUGAACCUAGCAACAGGAGUGGAAACGACGAGACAAAGAGCGAGGCGUGGACUGUCUUACCUCCUUCAGAUGAUGUCGUUGACGAUUGGGAGUUAUUAAGUGAUGAAUAA